CAGCAAACUGUCUUCCAAUAUUCAUAGCUAACGACGACCUCCGCUUUAGGCGAAUCAAGUGCAAUGCUACAGUACUGUGUUACUGUGCAGGCAUCAAUUCUACGAACCUCUCUGUACUUAUGACUACUCAAUUGGUGGAAAACAAAUGCGACGGGGGAGAAUGGUCGUGCACUCCUCCAAAAGAAUGCUGCAAACAGGGCUGCUGUUUUCUCUUUUCAUCGUCAAUUUUCAAAGGCUCAUCGGCGACGCCGUCUUUUCAAUCGGGGUCUGUGUUCAACCCACUCUUCUUAGGACAUUGGUAUUUUUGGUUGGCAGUAACAGCAACGGUAGCAGGAAUCCUGUGCGCAUGCUCUCUAUGGCGAAAACACCACCAAGGUUCACUAUGCUGCCGCGAAUCUAGCAGAGAUGAAAGGAUUUCCGAGCCUGAUUCAAAUGGAUCAUGUUAUGCUCCUCCGCAGUGGCUGCAAAACCCGAUCUGUAUCCACUUGUGAUAAGUUACAACGCGGAACCCGUUAUAAAGAACAGUAACGGUUCCACUGGCUACCUAAUGGUUCAGUAUUUUAGAAAUUUUAUUGUUAGACCUGUUGGUACGUUAUCAGCAACAAGCACAAUAGAUUCGCUAAGUUCCAGCUUUCUAUGUAAUGCGGCAAACGAAGCGAAUUCGAUGAUACCGCCUCCAUAUUCGCACAUGGGUAGUUUAGAAGAAAUAACAACAGACUGUGGGCCACAGUCUCAAAAUGAAUCUCAACAGACUGACAACCGGUCGCCAAGUCAAACAGCGCAACAGCCUACUCCUAGUCCGGACCAGAGAACUAUGUCUCGAUCCGUCUCUUCGAACUCUCAACAGGAAUAUCAACAGGUCCUACAUACAAGUUCCAGUGCCCACACCCCUCUUUGCAGUAGCCAGAGUGGAAAUAUCGUACUAGCACCGCUCCCAGGCGUUCGUUCUACCCCUGUUACGCCACGCCCCCACAAUCCUGUCGUAUCGAUAACUAACAAUCCUUGUUUUGGAACGGCGCAGCCUAAUACACAGCCGCAAAAAUUAGUAACAACAACGUCACAAGAUAGUAACACAUCAGUGCAUAUACCAGUAACAUCACAUAGGACGAAAAGAACGCUUCAAGAGCAACGAAGAAAGAUAUCCAAGGAAGACUCUGAGAGUCAAGAAGAUGAAAAUAACUUCUCGGAUUUGCUCAAUUUAAGCGUCUGUAUGCCUGGAGUGAUAGAGAGGAUGGAUACUGUCAAUUCUCAGGAGUUCCAGUUCAGCGUCACGAACAGCAUAGGUUCAGAUAUCAGCAGCCUAGCGAACUUGGGCUCUCCGGGCUCUCCACCUAGAGCAACGAGUCCUACCGCCGAAAUGCGCCAUUUGUUGGAUAAGAUUCAACAGCUUCCUCAGCAGAAGAGCCCACAGAUGCAUCCGGAAAAAGAAAAGGAAAAACCUAUUAGUAGAGGCUGCUUCCAUAAGAUUAGGGCCAAGACGAUGUAUAUGCCUUUGAACAGCGGGGAUGGAGCUAAGAGUAGAAGCGUAUUUUCUCGCAGCUGGCUUUCGCGCUCAGCACCCUGCACACCCUCUGGAGCUCCGCCUCCCUCUUUCCCCGCCCACCACCACCAGUACCACAAGGCAGGCACAUCCAAGCCCGCAAUGGGCGGAGCUAAAAGCAACUCGCGCACCAACCUGAAAGCGCGGAACAUGAAGGGCGGGGAUAGCAGCCCGCUGUUGCUCAGAGAACACGCCGAAGAGAGCGAAGAGGAGGCGCGGCAAAGAGACGAACGGUUGUGAUUGGACGAAGGCAAUCGGAAGGAGGAGCUAACAGUUAGGGGGGCAGCGUUGCUGAAGUAUAUCGGAAAUAGUAUAGCGAGGGCGGGUAUAAACGCGAGUAAUGCUAGUAAAGAUGAAGUUGGGGAUGAUGAAAUGAUGUUUCAAUAGAUGAUGUGCGAUUAUGGUGGCUUUCUAAGUGAUUGAGUGUAGCGGAACGCUGCAAGACUUGAUAUAAAAUUGGUUCUAUGUUUCCAUUCAUCCCUUGAAAAGAGCAUUUGCUUUUGGGAUAUGGUAAUACCGCGCAAAGUACAAGUAAGGCACGGGCGCCUGCAGGGGGAGCAGAGGGGGCUCAGUCCGGUUGAGUUGUUGCACAAUUUUUAGGAUCUUUUAGUUCUGGCUUCCCUUUGGAAAAUUUGCUACCCCGCUUUUCGAAAUGUUUGUGAGCAGGUACGUCUCAAAAGAAAGCUAUCUCUUGCCGAUGAUCGCCCCCCUGCGGGCGCCCAUGCAGUUCGGUUACUUGCUUAAGAUUUUCUAAUGGUCACUGGAUGUUACCUUGGAUAUGUUACUCUUUCAAUUCCCUCUUAGGUGUUCGUAAUAAAUUCUGAUUCAUGAAAAAUUAUCAUAUUGAUAAGGUCUUCAUGACACAAAGAGGUAAACAUUAUUUUUUGCAAUUUAACGUUCAACACAGUUGUAAAUGCCUUUUUGGCGCUGUGAUAGCACAGUACGUUUUAGAUUCGUUUAUGGUAGAAUUCUGAGAGUAUCCGAUAUUUUGCAUUUCAAUUUCCUUUACUAUAAGAAACGCCAAAUCAAAACAGAUAUUAAUUUAAUAGCAUACAGACAAUAACAAACAAAACUAAACAAGUUUACAUGUUGCAUAAAGAAGCUUUUCAGCUGCAUUUUAGUUUGCUUGCUUUCUCACCGCAUGCACAACUAACAUGUUGCUUUUGACGAAUUAUUAUUGUAGAUUAUUAUUUUGCCGUGUACAGUAUACGUAUACGGAGUGUUCCAUAGACAAAUUAAAUUCAAUAUACAGAAAUAAGUAGUGAAUAUUGUAAAUGAGCAUAAAAUAUAUUUUGCGCUGUGACAAUCCUAUAAUUUUGAUUUGAAAAUUUUUUGCAGUAUUAUUUGUUGCGUUUAUUAGAUAUUUUCAAAAAUUGAAGGCUAUAUAGAUCCACCUUUUUGAAAUCAGCUGUUUGACACAUUUGAUGUGAAGUUUGUCUUGAGUGGAACAUACCGUAUACCGCAAAAUGGUAAAACUAAAGUGCUUUAUAGCCCUGGUAUGAUGUAUGAUCCAGGAAAAAACAAAAAACCCCAAAGUGCGGUAAGUCCUGAAAUUACUGGAUUUGCUUCACUAUAUACACAAAUGAGUUUUUCUAUUUUGAACUUGGAUGAUUUGUAAACGGAACACAGCACAUAUAUAAGGACUGACUUGACUUAGAGCACCUUGUUUACGUUAUUCUCUAAACGAUAUUUGUCAAUCAUUUUUCCCACAUCAUACAUUUCAUCUUCGUCUUACUAGUUAUUAACAGAUAAUUGCGACAGAUUCAAAAUUAUAAUUUAACCUCAAGAAAGGAAUUAUAUCUAUUUUUGAACACGGCUAUUCAACAUUCAUAGUGAUGAAGCGACCUUAUGUGUUUUGAUAGGUAAACUUCGACAUUUCUUACAGCGUACACUUUUGGUUCAUUUUUUUCUUGAGGCAUAAAAGGUUAAAUAUGAGCCCGUCGCAGUUAUCGAGAACAAAGUAAUCAUACUAAGCGAUGUUAACGAAUUAAAUUUAAAUACAUAGUCACUAUUUUUUUAUAAAUGUGAGUGUUUUGCUGCUUAGAUGAAGAGGGAAUUAGGAUGAGAUUACAUUGAGGUUACCGAAAUCACUAGCAUCCAGGGUAUUCCAAAAUAACUGGUCAGUUUCUUGGUGCUAUGCAGAAUACAAAAAUAACACCACGCACAUCUUGGUGUACAAGGACAAUAAACAGCUGAAACAAUUUUGUUGAAAUCACAUUUUUUUCAGAUGAAUGCUUUCCAAAAAUGUUACUUUUGAGCCAUUAUUGUACAGGGUGUAAAAUAUAUCUCGUUAUGUUCAAAAUGUUAUCUAUAGACAUCGUCAUUCAAGGCGCCAUCUGGUUAUUAAGCUGUCAAAAUUGCGUUGCCAGUGUAGUUCGGAAAUUAUUUGAGAGAACCGGAUAUCCUGUGCAUCCGCAGAUGAGCUCGCUACGACAUUUUUUAUAGGUACCAUCGGCUGUACCUUUGAUCCGGGGGUGUCAUGACUCAUGACCCCCUGGGCGAAUCUAGUUGGACCACUAAUAUCUUACUUUCGAAUCUCCUUGAUACAUUUAAUAAAUAAAGAAUUUUUGCAAAUAUGUGAUGGAUACAAACGGGCAAGAAGUCACCAGAUUUGGUGAAAAAUCACCACACUUGGCAACCCUGAUCAAUUUGUAAGUGCAUCAGUGAUGGCAUGGAAAUAACAGGGUUGUGUAAUUCUGGUUGCCUAUAUGUUGAAGGGGUAACAUGUAUGUAUUUAUUAACUGUUGAUCCUGACAGUCAAGCUACUGCUGAUGCCCCUUUUUGUAUUCUAUACGUAUCCGAGAGAUUAACAUGUUAUUCUGGAGAACCCUUUUUUAAAGUGAACCUUUCUACGGACCUAAUUAAGCUUGUUCGAAAGAAAGCUCGCAAAGUAGCUGAAUAUAAUUUCAUUUUAGCAAACCUCUGUCCUCUACUCCCUCUUUGUGCAUUUGUUGAAAAAUUGUAAACUGUUAAACCUUCGCAAGUAUUGAUGUUAGAUAUGACGUGUGUUUCGUGAAUUAUUAUUAUACUGCUAUUAUUAAUUUUUACAGUGGCCAACACAGUUUUGAAUAUUUUAAUUCGGAUAUAAACAGGGGUCCGCAAAGUUGGGGUUUUCCUUUUCAGAAACAACUACCCUUGAAAUAACAAAGGUAAUGUGUAGUGAAACGAGGGCGACCAAGUAAAAAAAAUAAAGGAAAAAGUACUCACUCUCCAGUUGACGAGAAUGACUAAGUAUGUCUCUGCCCGAAAUCAUACCGCUCCAACAGAAAAUGAAAUCAGCUGAAGCGCUACCGAGCAGACGCAGAAACCACAUUGAUUGUCUUACACUAAAUGGCACAUCUAACAAGGAAGGCAAAAUAUUGCGUAAAAAGUCUAGGUAUUGCAUUCCGGCCAAUCGAUUUGGGAGAAUAAAUGGUACAAUGAGCAUACCGUUCACCAUACCAGCCCAAACAUUCACCGAAAAUGUGCCCGACGGACAGCGUGCGGAUUUUCUACUGACCAAACAUGAGUGUUGCGAAAGUUAUUCACCCCAUUACGCGUGAACGUAGAUUCGUCUGUCACCAAUAUGCACUUCAAAAACUCCGGAUUAUUGUCAUGUUGAUGCAACAACCACUUACAAAACUGCACUCUUGCUGGAAAAUCGUCAGGUUGAAGGGCUUGGACACGUUGGACGUGAAACGGAUACAGCCCCUCUUCACGCAGCGUUUGCCACACUUUAGUUUUUGAUACUUGCACUUCUCUAGCCACGCCUCUAGUGCUUGUUGUGGGAUUCUCGUCUACGCGAUUACCUCUACACGCGUGACCGUAACCGUCGGUUGAAGGUUGCAUACUGACCUGACACACUGACCCCGACCCAGUUCUGUCGUCGGGUUGAGCCAGUCGCGGGUCGCGGCUACAGGACGGUAUUCAGAUAUUUUUGAUAUUGCAGAGCCCUUUAUCUCGGUUCCCUUAAGACAUUGGUGUAUAUGGUACUAAGAAAAAUUGCUUAUGUUUUCAAGAUCUACACGUCGUGUAAAGGAAAACCCCAACUUUGUAAUUACUGUAAUUACCACUUUUAAUGCUUGAAGUUUUUACUAGUAUAUUUUACUGAAUGUUUUCCGUUAACUAUAAAAUAGUAUAGUACAGAAAGAUUCGACAUAUCUUUAAACAUCAUCGCUACACAUUAUGUGGAAAACAGACUAAAACAUUAUGGCUGGCCUUGAAGUUUUGAUUAUUGCUGUGAUAUCGAUAUUCAGAAAUUAAAAGUAUUUAACACUGUGAUAGCCAUUGCUAAUACUGUAAAAACUUAUUCGAUGUAGUGAUAUGAAGGCCAAAGUAUUGAAAACGAUAUUAAUAUAUUUAUUAUCUGAAUAUUUGUUAGACUGUGAGUUUGUUCAUUUGUUUGUCUUGUGUAUAUAGAACUGUUUUGUUGAUAAGGCUCAUUUGAGCUGUUUUAGGAACGUGAACGUUUACACAGAGGUAAUGGAGAUGUAUUCCUUUCAGUUUUCAUAAAAUUUUCGCACUGUAUAAGCAACCUUACACAUUUAUUAAUUCCUCUAAAUGUGCAAAAGUGUUUUACUAACGUCGCCUUUAUCCUGAGAAUACUAUUUAUUUUUAUUUGUAAAUUCGUUCCAAAAAAAGACGCUGAGCGGUUCUGAACUCACAAACCAUCAUUUAACUUUUGAAAAACUUAAAGCGAGUAUCAAUAGCCGCUACUUACGUGUCGAGUGUCAGACAUCUGUCAUUUGACAGGUAUAGGGAUGUUCCGAUCCACCAAAAGUAUCGAUUCGUAUCGUUUUAGGAAGUAUUAAUACUCUAAAAUAUCGAAAUGAAAAUAUCGAUACCACAAGUAUCACUAAUAAAAAUAGAUCAAAAAAUACCAGGGAAUAAUGUUUUGUUUUGAACUAUAAUGCUUAAUCAAUCAUUACUAUAUCACUGUCUGUCAUGUGUGUGUAAUUCCCCAAAAUAGAAUCCAGCUCAGUUUCCCCAGUUGAAAUGUAAAAAUCCACUAAAUACAGGAUCCCCAAAAAAUACCAUUUAUUUUUCGUUACAUAGGUUUAUGAUUUGUUAGGUAUCUUAAAAAAAUUUUACAUAAUAAUAACCCCCACCCCCGUUAAAUGUGUUUCCCCAAAAAACUCUAAAAAAAUAUCCCUAAAAUCUUCUUCCACAUUGAAUUAAACCCUCUGGUAUCCCUGGAAUCCAAAAUAAAGUAUGUGAAGUCGUGAAGUGAGUAGCACCAGCGGAAGGAAACAAAGAACAAAAGCAAUCUGAAGUGAAUCACUCUUUCUGACACAGCCGAAUGGAAAUAUAACCAUAGUCGUGAAAUCUAUCGAUACACCCAAGUAUCGUUUAUAAAAAUAUCGAUCCAAAAUAUCGGGUAUCAGAAGCAGAAGUAUCGAUUCUUCUAAAAAUCGGAUCGUAUCGAACAUCCCUAGACAGGUGUCACAGUUGUCAUCUAAAUCGGAAGGAUUCUUCUUUUGAGGUUUGCUAACAUUUUCUGAAUUCUGGUUUUUGGACUAAUUUUAUGCUGAAUUACUGACACUCAUGCUGCUAAAACCAAUUUUUAAUUUACAUCGUUUUUAAAUUAGUUCAGAAUCACUCUUGGAACAAAUCGCAUAGUAUCUGCAUAUACCUCCAGGAUAAUAAAUUUUGCAGAGCCUAAACGGAAAAUAAUGUCAUAGCGUAUUUUUACGUCGCCUACACAGAGAUUCUAAACUUAGGUAGGUGUAACGAUAGGUACUAACAGUUUGAAUUUGAAAAUGUAUGUAUGUAAUUAUUCGCAUCAAACAGUAUUUUUAUAUGUCACCAAGAAGCAAAACAAGUAUUGUUAAAUGUGAAAUCUGUACUUAACUGGUUAAUUCAGGGGACUAGAUGUCCUCGUAUAAAUAUGCUGUUAUUUUCUAUUAGUGACAAAAGUGUGACAGCUAACAAGUUCAUCUCUAAACAAAAAUCCGAAGCCUACGUGCAGUGUUGCCGAACCGAAGAAGACGAAAUCGGUAGAUAGUAUCAUUGGAAUUCGGUAGAUUCAAUGACAAAAUCAGUAGGAGGAAAAAUCAGAGCCAAUGCAAGAUAAAUAGUGGAUCAAGGCCUUUGCUUCACGCAGCGCCGUCUUUGAAAAAAAAUAUUUUUGAAUUGCGCGCGCACACAUAACAUCCCUGCAUUUGAAACUUCAUCAUCUGACAUUUUAAUUUAAUAUUUCAUUAUAAAAAACAGAUGAGGGUUUCCUUUUAUUGCUUGUUCGGUGAUGAGGUACCUCUUGUACGCACAAAAACCAAUACAGGGAAUGCGAUUUAAGGGAUGUGUACUCAUAUAUAACCAUUUUUUAGUAAGAAAUCUGGAAAUACCCGAAUUAUAUAAUUUCGCUAAAUAAAAUCUCAUUUCUGAGGAAAUAUGGAAAUGUAGGUUCGGCAACAUUGCUUAGAUGUCUAAAACAGCCCAUAAGCUGCACGUGCCAUCUGUGGAGGAAUAGCGAAACAUCAGUUUUGUUGUCAUCUUGUCUAAGCAAUUGCAACCCAUGUCGAUGUUGCCAGCAUGGUAAUAGGAAGGCAUUUAUAUCAUCUUGUGCGUUUACUGAUACUUUGCUUUUCGCACAGAAACAGAAAACGAUAAAAUAAAAUUUGUUCUACCAAUGAACUGGUGUCAUAGCUUUUCCAUGCAUUACGGUUUCAUUCUUAGUCGAAGCAUUGACAUUUGUCUAUCUACCUAAUAAAAACAAUGCUUCAAAUGAUGUUAACGGCCUAAGUCCAGAAUCUAGCCAUGUAGUCUGUUCUUUGAGCUAUUUUCUUCAAAUUAAGUAGGAUUCUUUCCCCUGUUUGCUUCGAAUUUCCUGAAAAACCUUUAUUGUUAGUGACUUUUCCCGAUUUGUACUCAUGUGAUUUAUUGUUAUGUAAAUAAACCGAUUAUAUUUGAAAAA